AUGCAUUUGACGCGUCUCAGUCCGACGGUCUUCAGAGAUCUCAAUAUGUUCCGAACACUGUCGGCUAUGUUCUCCGAGAUGGGCAAGAAAGGUCCGGCCACAAUCAAGAAUUUCAGAGAACAUCGACAAGGCUCGUCACGCACUAAAAGGAUCGUUGAUUCUCUAACAAUAUGCGAUUUGUUCCGAUAUGCCACGCUCAAGGACAAAAUCUUCGCGCUCGUCGGGCUCUGCGCGGCACUCCUGGCCGGAGCGCUCACUCCUUUAGCAUUGCUGUUCAUGUCUUCGCUAAUGGACCUCUUCGUCGUGGACCACUUCUACAACAACCGAACAAUAACAAAUGGGAGCCACAUCGCCUACGAUAAAUUUCUGGACCAUUCACCCAUUGGCGAGUACUUCACCGGUGAUUUCGCAACGAACUCGGCAUUCGUGAUACUCUGUCUGUCGAGCUGCGUUUGCGGACUGUUUGCCCUGAAUGCUCUUCUGGAAUUCCUCCUGAGCCAGGCCGGAGCCAAGCAAGCAUUCCGAAUUCGUCUCAUCUUCAUGGAAAGCGUUUUGAGCCAGGAGCAGAAAUGGGCCCAGACGAAUAUAACUGAGAAGUUCAUCCGGGACAGGCUCGAGUAAGCUUCGUCCUCAUUCAGCUUAUCGGACUUGGAUGCCAUCGAGGAAGGCUUGGGGAGCAAACUCGGACUGCUCGUAUCAAACUCAUGUACUCUAGUCGCUUGCACGCUGAUUGCGUUCGGCACAAAUUGGAUUCUCUUCCUGCUAAUGCUCAGUCCUCUACCGAUGUUUCUCCUGAUCGUAACCCUGAUCGGCCAGCGGGUCGCAUAUCAUCAGAGCAUCGAAGGGGAUCAACUGCACAUAGCUGCGUUCACGGCGAGCGAAGCCAUACACAACAUACGAGCUGUUGUAGCUUUCGGUGCGGAGGACAAAGAAGUCGCCAAGUUCCGGCGGCGUUUGGACAAUAGUCAACGACACGCUUAUCGGAAGUUGGUCUGGACGAGCGCAUCCUCAUCCCUGAUCUGGUGUUUCCUCUACGCUUCGUAUGCACUAGCCUUUUGGUAUGGGAUUUGUCGCCAGUUGGCCUACGAGAAGCAAGACAUGGUCGCUUCCCACGUCCUGUGUCCUAUCUUCAACCUCGCUCUGGCAAUACUCAGCGCUACGAAACUUGUUAGCUAUGCUCGUACGUUCAGAAGGGCUCGCGCCGCCGCUAAGAGGAUCUUCGCACUCGCCGACUCCGUCCGUACCAGCGGUGGCGAGACGAAGGGCGAGACCGAAGGCCAGUGUCAAGGCGAGAUCGUUUUUGACAGCGUCUCGAGCCCACAUCUGUCCACGCCCUUGAAAACAAUCUCGCUCGAGGUCAGGUGCGCCGAGAGACUCUCUAUUUAUGACGCGUCGUGGGAGCAGGGUCAGGCGCAUGCUGUUGCGGACCUUCUGUUACGCUUCACAGAACCAUCGUUCGGUAGAAUUCUGGUCGAUGGCAGAGACAUUCGCUCUUACAAUGUGGGAUGGCUGCGUUCGAGACUCGCCGUCGUACGACAGGAUCCCGUUCUCUUUGCUGCGACAAUCGCGGAAAACAUUCGUUACGGAAACCCGAUGAUCCAACAGAGCGAUAUCGAACAGGCUGCGAUAGCUGCUCAAGCCCACAAAUUUAUACUGAAGUUACCAAAGAAAUAUGACACAGUAUUGUCUCCGUGCGGAGCCCCACUGUCCCUGGGACAGCGACAACUGCUCUGCAUUGCGCGAGCUAUCGCGAGGAAUGCGUCGAUCCUUAUCUUGGAGAAUCCGAGCCACAAUUUGCGAGGUGACGCCGCUGCCAUGGUUAUCCACGCGAUGCAGAACGCAAUGGAAGGUCGAACGUCGAUCCUGAUAUCGAACAAAGCUUUCAAGCUCAGAGAUCAUGAAAGAAUCAUCGUUUUGGAAGAGGGCAAGAUCGUUGAGGAGGGCAGCUAUGCUGAGCUCGUCCAUGGCAAGAAGACUUUCGCACAACAUUUGAAGAGAGAUCUGCAAGACAUGAAGGAAUUAGGACUGUCGCCUCUCGGUCAAGGUCUGCCCCCCUAUUCCGGUGUGCUGGACCGCCAAGUUUCGUCCCUGGUCGAACAGGAUGCUUCUUCGGAACACAACGAAGGCUUCAAUCACGAAGCUCAUCUCCAAACUCAAUAUUCAAAUGCACAAUUUAUUUCGCUCCUGCGUGAACACCUGCCGACGGUGAGCAUCGGAUGUAUUUUCGCGGCGUUAUCCGGCAUCUCGCUCGCACUGUAUGGAGUCGUGUUCGGCGACAUGCUCUACUCGUUUCUACUGCUCCAUGACUCGUCGGCAUUGAACAACUACGUAGAGAUUCAAUGUGCCCAUCUCGUGCUCCUCGGAGUAAUCACAAGCGCCGUCGCAUUCUUCCACAGUUGGUCUUUCACCUACGUGGGCGAGCGGCUUGGAUGCCAACUCCUGGAAACAGCAUACGAAGCUAUCCUACGUCUGCCGAUCUCUUGGUUCGAUAAUCCCAAAAAUGAGGUCACCGAAGUCAUUCGGAUCAUCCUCAACGAUGUCGCACAGAUCAAACUACUCGUCGGUCCCUUGCUGACAUUGAUGUUCCAAGGAUUUUCUUCCUUCGUCUGCUGGAUCGUGCUGGCUUCGUGUUUUUACUGGAGAUUGGGGCUCUGUGCCCUCUGUUUCGCGCCCGCUAUCCUGAUCGCCGUUUUCUUCGAGCACUUCGUUCUAGGCUCACACACUCAAAGAGUUCAAGAUGACAGAAGCCGCUUCCUAGCCACGGAUAUCAUCAAUAAGAUCCUCACCGUGAAGUCGCUCCACCAGGAACAAGUUUUCUGCGCGGCUUACGCGAUCGCCGUUUCAAAGACCCUGCGAACCGGGACGGCUUUGAGUGCUCGCAACGGUGUGCUAUACGGUAUUUCCCAAGCAAUCCCGUUGCUAAGCUACACCGUCAUCUUUCUAGUCGCAUGCACGGCCAUCAACGCUGAGCAACUCGGAGACUUCACAGAGGUUUUCAAGCUGACUGAGAGCAUUAUCUUCGGAGUCCUCCUUCUCGCUCAGUCUCUCGCUGUGUUCGCGCCCAACUUCUCCAGGGCGAGACAAGGAGCUGCUUUUGUGUUGGCCUUGAAGAAUAGCCUGCCGAAACUUUAUGCCGUCGGCAGAAAAUUCGUUGAUGAGAACAAAGAGAUCUGUGACGGAAUCAUAUCGUUCCAAGCGGUUCACUUCAGAUACUCGACUUGCAAGUACAUCUUCACUCAGGAACAGCUUGUGCUUAAGGGAGUUUCGUUCGGCGCGGUGCCGAACGAGAUGAUCGCGCUGAGCGGUGACCUCGGCAGCGGCAAGCGGACGUGCCUCGAACUCCUGCAGCUGUUCGAUGUCCCGACGGCCGGGGAAAUUUUAUUGGACAACAAGCCAAUUUUGAGCCUCGACGUGACCUGGGUGCGGAAGCAGAUGGCCAUAAUCAAUAUAGAAGCGCAUUUCUUUUUCGACACGAUUUGGGCAAACGUGGCUCACGGCGAAAGUUCGCGGCAAGUCACUAAUCAGAUGGUGAUCAGUGCGUGUCAGCAGAGCAAGAUACACGACUUCAUCAUGCAUCUACCUCAGGGGUAUCACACCUUCAUAAGUAGCUCCGGGGGUCAGAGCGAAACGAUAGGUCCGGCGGAAAAAAUCUUACUUUCCAUGGCCAGAGCCCUCCUCCGUGAACCCCGAAUCAUCCUCGUCGACCAGACAGGUUGGCAAACCCUGUCAGACGAUAAAUUGAGGAUCGUCACGGGAGUUCUGGAAGAUAUACGACAAAACAGGACCUGCAUCGUCAUAUCGCCGACGCUGGCAACAGCUGAGAGCUGUCAACAGAUAUAUCUCUUGCAACAAGGUCGCGUCGUGGACCAAGGAAAACAUCAGGAAUUGUUGACCAGACGUCCCAGAUACCGCCGACUCUUCAAAGGCCUUCGGAAUAAGAAGCAAGACGGUGACGCUUAUUCGCGAUCGGACUCCUUACGAUCAGAUCUCUCGACACCCUCUUGCCCUCAGAGCAUCAUGAAUAGCAGAACGAUGACUCCCCAGAGGAGGGAUUCGAUCCGCACAUCUUUGGAUAGCGUCGACGCGGCGGAACUCGCAGAAAGACUCGAUAACGUUCUAAAAGAGAAGCAGAUGCAAAGCUUACCUGAUCCAGGGGCUUUCCAAAUUCAUGCUCGGAGCACGCACGGGAAGCCGUACGCGACGUCCGAGGGCCAGAAGCAGAACUCCGCGGCAAUCGAGAGGAGGAUCACGCCGAGGAGUGUUUCCCCGAACUCACCUUAUGAACUGCCCCAGAAUAGCUCUCAAGGACUUCCAGAGAAGCCUCCCGCCGUGAGGAUGAAAAGACGACCGUCGUCAAUCGUCAUAAUCACGACGAAUGAGCAUUUAAAAGAUGAAGACGGAACUUCAACCGACGAUGAGCCGGCAACCCCCGAAACACCUCGGAAACGAGUUGAAACGAUGCGCCGCGUAGACCGCUCGGAGUCCGGAAGUGAAAUGCCGGGUCAUGCAGGAGUUUCGAGUGAGAGUGAGGAUGAACUCCAACAAAGCCUCAAGGUGAAGGCGCGUCGGAAAGGAGAUCAACCAUGGGAUAUAAUCAAAAGACAAUCUCAAAAGAAAAUACACGAGGAGCUCCAAGGCAUACAGGGACCCGUGAGCUCAGAUAAGAUCGACAAAGACGAGAGUGAUGGUUGA